AUGUUUACGUUUUUUAUUGUAACUCUUUUGGCCGCUGUCGUGUCUUCAGAGAACAUAUAUUAUAAUGCUGUGGAAACAGAGAUGUUUGCGGUGCCUAUUAGUCCCAAUUUAUUUAACUGGACUUAUCAAGAAUUUGACGAGCAGUACCGCUUCCAUGCGUCGCUAAAGGGCAAGCCUGAAUUACCAUCAUGGCUUCGAUACGUUUACAGUGGACGACAUCAUUCUGGGUUUAUUUUUGGCACGCCACCUCGGGGAACCGAGUCACCGAUCAAUCUGGAGGUAAUCGGUCUCAACCGUCAAGAUUACGAGACUCGGCAUGUUGUCGUCACUCUAGAAAUCCAACCAAAGGAGAAUAUGGCGCGACAUGAAGUGGAAUUAAAAAUAGAUAAUCUCAAUGUGGAGGACCUCCUGGACGAACACAGGAUGACCCGUCUUAAAGAUAUCUUAAGGAUGAAGCUAUGGACGGAGAGUAAGCACGAUUUAUAUGCAACGUUCCUGUCUUCAGCCAUUGAUUUGGGCGCUAGACUGCCACUUAAGCCAAGCGAUGGGGAAGGGCUGGUAGUCCGUCUAGGCAGUGCUGUACCGUUCUCGUCGGAGCUGAAGAGACUGCGCGAAGAGGUGCGACCACUCUCCCGAUUGCCCAGCUGUCCCAGGGAAUACAAGCGCACGACAGUGGAAAGACUGUUCCGAGACGCUGGGUUUACAUUGGACUGGUGUAGUUUUGAACUGUACAACACGAUCUACAAACAGCGUUCAACAGUUCAUCUGGAAUACCAAACGGAAUUGCCCAAUACGAGUCGAGUUGCGAAUUCGCGCGCUUUAGAGACGCGCUCUGACUGGUGGGCGCCAGCGCGCAGUGCGCUGCCGCGGCGCAGCGUCGCGCGCCAGCUGGCCGCCGCGCUCGCGCCGCCCGUGCUGCUGCUGCUGCUGGCCGGCGCCGCGCUCACCGCCGUACUGUGCUUCCGUUAUGCCACCAUGACAGACCCAGAAUCAGAAAACUUUCUGGAAAACAUAUAUCAUAUUUGUAUCGAUUAUAAAAGAAAGAGAGCACAUAAAUCUGGGAAGGUGGAACUGUGCAGAUACGGAACUGGCAACACGGAUCAGACCCAAAUCGCCGAUAACACUAGUAAUAGAAGCUUGGGAGUCAGCCCUAACAACAGCCUGGUGAGGCCCAAAUCAUCGACCAACUUAGCUGGCACCUACAACCGGCCGCAACCUCCUCCCUAUGUGGGCUCUACAACGAACUCCCUUCAUCAUCGCAAAUCUGGGAACAAGGCUGAUACACCUUCCACCAGUGGCCAUACUCCAGAACACAAUAUCGGUCAUCUGGCUUUGGAGGAAUCACUGAAAUUACUUAACGAAGCAAAUAUCGCUGGUGAUUUUGAUGGCAUCCCGAUUUCGAAAGAUCCAAUUAUCGAUUUGAACGACGGCACUGAGGAUUACGUCUUAGUUAAACCUGAUCCAACCGCGUAUAUUUCGAAUAAACCGGAUGUAACCGGUUAUAUCUCGAUCAAACCGGAUCUAGACGACAUUAACGUACCCGAAUUGGCUAAAUAUGGUGUAACAGGCAUUGGCGCUAUAUGA